AUGGUCAAGCCGCUGACCUUCAAGGGCGACAAGAAGCCCAAGAAGCGGAAGCGCGCCGCCGCGGAUCGCGCCGACGACGACGAGGCGGGCGAGUCCAGCAGCAGGCAGCAGAAGAAGCUGGUCCGCACCGAAGGCAAUGACGACGAGGACCAGGCCAACGACGACAGCUGGGUGUCUGCGGACACGGUCGCGGACGUGGUCGGGCCGGUCAUGAUCGUGCUGCCCACGGACAAGCCGUCUGCGCUGGCGUGCGACGCCGGCGGCAAGGUGUUUGCGCUGCCGAUUGAGAACAUUGUGGACGGCAAUCCGGCGAGCGCGGAGCCGCACGACGUGAGGCAGGUUUGGGUUGCGAACCGGGUUGCCGGGACAGAGCACUUUCGCUUCAAGGGGCAUCAUGGGAGAUAUCUCGCCUGCGACAAGAUUGGCCAGCUCUCGGCAACCUCUGAAGCCGUCUCCCCCCUGGAGUCGUUCAACGUCAUCGCCACCGCCGACACGCCGGGCACGUUCCAGAUCCAGACGCUGCGCGACACAUUCCUGACCAUCAAGCCGACGACGUCGACCAAGCCGAACGCGCCGCCGGCCGAAGUCCGGGGCGACGCCGACGCCAUCACGUUCAACACGACGCUGCGCAUCCGCAUGCAGGCCCGGUUCAAGCCGCGCAUCAGGACGUCCAAGGAGGAGCGCGAAAAGUCCAAGAUUAGCCGGCGCGAGCUGGAGGAGGCGGCGGGGCGGAGGCUGGACGAGGAGGAGGUGCGGAUGCUCAAGAGGGCCAAGCGGGAGGGCGAUUACCACGAGCGGUUGCUGGAGAUUAAAGUCAAGAACAAGCACGACAAGUUUGGCUGA